CAAUUGGCAUGAGCAUUCCGUCAACCAGUUCCCAAUAGGAAAUUGGCAAGGACGGUUGCACAAAAACGAUAAGAACCCAACGAAAUGAGGAACGAUAAAUUUGCACAGCCACCGCCAAUAGGCUUUCCAUCUGCACCACCACAGCAAGGAUUUUCACAGCCGGGAUAUAUUCAGCCAGGAUAUCCCCACCCAGGAUAUAAUCAGCCAGGACAUUUCUGGAGUCCCCCUCCACAACAGUCAGGAUUUUCGGGAUAUCCGCCACCACCGCAACAUGGUUAUCCCCCACAGUUCUACGGUGCACCACCUGGCUAUGGAGCAUCACAAGUGCCACCACCUCCUCAUAUACCCCAGCAAACCACCACGGUGGUGGUAAAUGGUGGAUGGUACAGUCGGAAUCAGAAGAACAAGCCACAAUCAAAUGCUGUUGGCGCAGCGGGUCUUAUUUUUGUCUCUGGAGGAAUGAACAUUGCGUGGAGCAUAGGAUUCCAUGGAAACCUCUACUAUAAAACCACCGAUCAUAAUUAUGCAGCCUGGUUUAUAGGUGGCAUUAUAGGAGCCGUUCUCAGCUGUUUUUUAACCAACAAAAUAGCCAAGAAGUAUGUCCUGAUCUUCAGUUCGAUACUGGUGAUGAUUGGUGGCAUUGUGAUCGCCAGUACCAGGAAUAAUGGUAAUGCCACGUUGGCGGCUUCCUAUCUGGAUGGAAUAGCCAAUGGAUUAGUGUUUGCUCCCUUUAUGGCCUUGGCUGGCGAGGUUUCAGUUUCCUAUAUGAGGGGUCUGGUCGCAGCCAGCGUUGAACAGAUGUGUUUCGGCCUCGGAAUCUUCCUGCAGAUCAUCUACACCACAACGUGGAGCUACUCUUCGUAUCAAUCGUAUAACUCCUUCUCUGCUGAGAAUAUGAAGGGUGUUCUGAGCAUUAUCUAUGGCCUUUUGGCUUUGGUUAUAGGCUCCCUGCUUUGCAUUGAAUCUCCGGUAAUAAUGCUGGCCAAAAAUAACGACGAACAGGGAGCCAUCGAUGCCCUUCGGCGACUGCAGAGGCCCUAUACCUUGACCAACGAGACCUACGAACAGCUGGCGGAGCACAAGAAGUACUUGGCCCAGAACAAUGACCUUUCGAUGGGUCAGACUAUAGGACAAGCUGUGCCCACCUUCUUUAAACUGGUAUUCCUGCGUGGUCUGAAUGCCUUGAGUAUUUCCAACUUUGUUCGCAUCACCCUGAUAUAUUCGUUUGGAUUCCAUGGACAUGGAUCGGGAUAUUUGGGCUGGUACAUUGGAUUCGGCGUCUGCCGGUGGAUGGGCAACUUUAUAGCCACCUUCUGCAUGGAAUCAAUGGGUCGCAAGAAGCCCACCGUCCUGGGGCUCAUUGUUUGCAGUGCCCUGGCCUUUGUGAUUGCCGCCCAGUAUAACAUAUUCCUUUAUGAUACCGGAAAUGUCAUCAUGCUGCUUGUCUUCCAACUCUUCGCCGGAAUAGCCUUUACGGCCACUUCGCCAUACCUUUCGGAGGCCUAUCCCCUGAAGGUCAAGCAGCACUUCAUCGCCUUCACCUUCAUCGGCGAGAUGCUGGUCUUCAUAGGGUUAACCAUAAUAUCAUGGAGCCAUUCUGCUGGAGCUAAUUACUUUUAUGUCAUGGGAGGACUCUACUUGUUCGGAUUCGUCUUCGUGGCUCUCUGCUUGCCAGAGACAAGAAGGAAAACUCUUAGAAACGCUCAGGAUAUGUUCAGUACAUUCUUCAGCAAGGGUUUCUAGUAUGCCAUGUACUAUAUGUGUCACAAAAAAGAUAAUA